AUGGGCAAAUUCAAGACGAACUUCUACAAUGUCUUGCUGGCGAUGUUUGCGGGCACGGGGUCGUUCCUCUUUGGUUACGACUCCGGUGUCAUGACAGACGUAAUCGCCUCCCCUCACUUCCUCAAAUACUUCAACACCGUCAAAACCAGCCCAACAAUCGGCGCCAUCAACUCCACCUUCUCAGGAGGCGCAGUCUUCGGCUCCCUCAUGGGAGGCUUCACGAUGGACCGCUUCGGCCGAAAGAAAACCGUCCAGAUCGGAGCCUUCAUCGCCGCCGUCGGCGCAAUCCUCCAAUGCGCAGCUGUCAACCUGGCCAUGAUCCUCGUGGGACGAAUCAUUGCAGGCUGGGCGGUCGGGCUCAUGUCCAUGUCGAUUCCGGUCUAUCAGGCUGAGUGUGCGCAUCCCAAGAUGAGGGGGUUGAUUGUGGGGCUCACGCAGCAGAUGAUUGGGAUUGGGUUUAUUGUUUCGACGUGGAUUGGGUAUGGAUGCCAUCAUGCCCCUGACACCAACUCCGUGCAGUGGAGAUUUCCCCUGGCUUUCCAGAUCGUCCCGGCUCUGCUGUUGCUCAUCGGCUUUGUUUGGUUGCCUGAGAGCCCGAGAUGGCUUAUCGAAAACGACCGCGACGAAGACGGCAUGAAAGUUCUCCAAACGCUACAUUUCGACGGCUCCAACGACGAAUGGAUUCGAUACGAAUACAACGAAAUCCGUGCGACCAUCAGCGCCGAGAAAGCCAUUACCGUCCCAGGCUGGCGCAUCAUGUUCACCGUCCGUCAAUGGCGAACUCGUCUCAUGCACGGUACUUUGAUGCAAGUGUUCACGCAGCUCACAGGAAUCAAUGUCAUCGGUUAUUACCAAACCAUCAUGUACGAGUCCCUAGGCAUCACCGGCGGCCGCGCCAUCCUCGUCGCCGGAAUCUACAACUGCGUCGGCCCCAUCGCCAACGCCAUCUUCAUCUUCUUCAUCCUCGACCGCGUCGGCCGCAAAAAACCCCUCAUCUUCGGCGCCAUAGGCAUAACCAUCGCCCUCGUCUGCGAAGCCGGCCUCAACGCCGCCAACCCAGAAGGAACGCACCACGGCCUCUCCAUCGCCGGCGUCUUCUUCAUCUUCCUCGUCUCCGUGAUCUUCUCCCUAUCCUUCGGCCCCAUCAGCUGGGUCUACAUGUCGGAGAUCAUGCCCAUGCAGAUCCGCGGGCGGGGCAAUGCCUUCGCGACGGGCAUCGGGAAUUGGUUGGUGAGUACGUUCUUCGCGCAGGUGUCGCCGAUUGCGCUGGGGGAUGUGCAGUGGAAGUAUUAUUUUGUGUUUGUGGCGUUUAAUGUGGCGGUGACGUUGCCGACGUUGGUGCUGUUCUUCAAGGAGACGAAUCAGUUGAGUUUGGAGGAGAUUGAUGGGUUGUUUGGGGGCAGGGCGUUGGGCACGCUGCCGAUGGAGAUUGGGGAGAAGGAGGUUGAUGAGGCGGUUCGGAGGGAGAGUGUGGCGAGGGAGAAGAGUGUGGAGGUUAAUCAGGUGGAUUUGCAUGUUGAUCCGAGGAAGUCGGGAUGA